UAACUCGCCUAGCAAGUGGCUAUAGGGAGGCCUUUCUCAAAAAUCAACUGUAUUUGCCUGUGACAUUGUCCAGGAACAGAGCACCAGGCUCUAUGUUGCUUGGUACAAGGCAGCUCCUCUGGUUAUAUGACUCCUACUGAGACGGUUUUCACAAUUCAUUAAUGAGCUUUCCACAACCCUGCUUUAUUCUCCAAACAGUUUUACGCUGUCUCUAGGAACAACAAAUAUAUCUGGGCACUGUGGUUGAAUGAAUACCAGACAAUUGUGUGAAUGUUGUAUUGGACUUCCUCUUCCCUCCCUCCCCAAUCUAAAUAGCAUUCCUAUUUCAGGAGCCGGUGGUGUGAUUUGAAACAACUGCUUGGUUGAAGGAUGGGGGGCAGGAUCAAGAAGGAGAGAGGGAAGGGGCAGUGCUGAUUCUGGAGAGAGAAAAAACUGAAAGGAGAAGAAAAUACUUUUGUUUAAGGGAUGUGUUUGCAACUCUGAGAGGAAGCCAUUCUAUCAAGCCUGAAGAAAAGUGUGUUCCUCGCGUCUGGACUGAAGCUGCUGUUUGUCAUGAUACAGGAGAGGGCAGGAUGAGGAUGCGGGCUGCCCUCGUGGGCUGGGCUUGUACCACCCUUUGCUUGGCUUCCUGCUCGUCUGCCUUUUCCCAUGGUGCCAGCACGGUGGCCUGUGAGGACAUGCAACCCAAGCACAUCCAAGCCCAGCCUCAGCACCAGGACACCCAUCACGUCACCAUCCAUACCCACAGGUCUUCCUAUGCACCAGGUGACAAGAUUCCAGUGACGGUGAGAAGCAGUCGUGAUUUCAUGGGAUUUCUCCUUCAGGCUCGAAGAGUGUCUGAUCAUCAAGUCGCUGGCACUUUCAUCCUCAUUCCUCCUCAUUCCAAACUGAUGACUUGUUUUCAAGAGGCUGAUGCAGUCACCCACUCUGACAAGUCCCUGAAGAGAAACCUGUCGUUCUUGUGGAAGGCCCCUGCCCAGCCUGUGGGGGACAUUAAGUUCCUUUUAUCAGUAGUCCAGUCAUAUUUCGUUUACUGGGCAAGGAUUGAAUCAUCUGUUGUGUCUCAACAGACACAUAGCACCGCCCAUUCUGACGACCACAUGGAGCCCAGAUUACUGAUGCCAACCCUUCACCAGAGGCUGGGCGAUGUUGAAGGAGCUGCUCCAGCUCCCAGGGCCCCCAUCACUCUUCCACAGCAGCACACGCAUGUCUUUGCUGUUGCCCUUCCUGAAGCUGCAGAGGAGGACAAUCUAGAUCCUGUUCCUGCCAGUAUUUGGGUGACAAAGUUUCCUGGGGAUGCAGAGACUCUGUCCCAACCAUCUUCACACACAGCCACUGAAGGCAGCAUCAACCAGCAACCCAGCGGGGACAGCAAUCCGACCCUAGAGCCAUCCCUGGAGGUCCACAGGCUGGAGAGGCUCGUGGCCCUCAAGAGAGUCUCCUCAGAGAGCUUUGCUUCCAGCUUUAGCACCCAUCACAGAACUCAGGAUGAUCCCAGCUUUGAUUCACUGGAAACUUGCCUGUCCUCAGAUGGGGGUGAACAGGACAAGACGAAGGCCUCUAACAGUACCGUGACACAGCCUCCUCUGUCCACCGUCCAGCUUACCUAUCCCCAGCGCCUCUGGUCCUCUGAAACUUUCACAGGGAAUGGGGCCGGGAUAAGCAACCCAACCCCUGUCCUCCAGACCUCUGGCACUUCUGGGCUACCUGCUGCUGGUGACCAGUCAGAGGCAUCCAGGGCCUCUGCCAGCUUCUUACCUCAGUCAAAGCACAAGGAGCUCAGAGCAGGGAAGGGAGAUGGAAAGGGUGGAGUGGGAUACCCUCGGCAGACCAACCCAUGGCCUGACGCUGGGCUAGAGGGAGCCCAUGCCCCUCUGGGGAUCCAGCUCAGAACUCCCCAGCUGGGAAUUCUGCUUUGCCUGUCAGUCACCCUGGGCAUGGCCCUGGCCACUGGCCUUCACUACCUGCACACCCAGUAUUGCCACCAGCAGACAGAAGUGUCCUUCAGUGAGCCCACUUCAGAUGCUGUUGCCAGGAGUGACAGUGGUGAGACUGUGCACGUCAGGAAGAUUGGGGAGAACAGUUUUGUUUUGGUUCAAGCAGACUGGAUCACUCCUUCUGUGGGUAGCAAGAAAACAGUCCUCUGAGAAGACUGUCACCCCAGACCUCUCAGUGGCCCUCCUUGGGCCCUGGAGAGUGUCCCAGACAGGCUAAUGAGAAUACCUGAUGAAGACAGGGACUCAUUGUGCCUCUGUCAAUGUGCAGUUAGUGGAGGAAGCCAGGAGAGGACAGUUUCAUCAAUAGAGGGAGUUACUCCUGAGCUUUGUUGUCUUAACAUCUGUAAUUGAGCUUCCUUUUUUCUUUUUGCAAUUAGACGUUCUGUUUGAAGACUUAAACUCAACACAAUGAAUAUUGUAUAACCCGCUCAUUAACUAGACCCCUGUGGCCGCUAAGCUUCCUCUGUUGCCCUAAGGAAGCCAUAGAAAUAGAAAUACUGUCCCUCCUUAGUGUCUCAUCUCUUCUAACUCUUUGGGAAAAAAAAGCAAUGUUGGAUUGUGUCUUCUGCAAGAAAAAGAACUGCAGCUCUCACUUUGCCUUCCUAAACCACCCCCAAAGAAGUUUUCUUUUCAAAACUGAAUUCAACAACUUGCUAGAGUUCUGAUUUGGAUGACUAGGUGAAUGCAAGGGUAUUUGGUCUUCUGGGCAACUCAGCAGUCUGGCAAAUCUGCCAUGGAAAUUGAUCCAAAGUCAGGAAAGUUUUUGAGAGCUUGAUUGAACACAUCUUUAGGAAAACAUAUACAUGCAACACAAGGCCAUAAACACCAGAGUGGGGUAGGCAAGCCUUUUCAUCAGGUGUAAAUGGAUCUGAGACCUCCCAUCCAUUUACACUUGAUGGAAAGAUUCGUGUAUUCCAACAGCUAGCAGACAUACUGCCUUUUGCCAAAGGUCAGGCUGAAAAACAUUAUUAUACCAGCAUAGUUUGAAGAACAGUCUUUACUUGUCUUUUCAGGAAGAAAGCUUCAUGGAUGAAGGUCAUCUAUCUGAUCUCAUAACUUUAUGAAGAUUGCUUUGAUUUAACAGUGGCUCCACAGACACUAUCUGAGGUCAAAACAACAGACCUGACUAUAACUCUUAAAUAUGCUCACCUAAUAUAGCACAUUGGAAUUAGCUGCCUUUUCAGAGUGAAACCUAUUAUAGAGUCAUCAUUCAUUUUAAUGCAGAAACAAAAAUCACUACAAAUUCGGAAAGGAUAUUUGUUUAUUGAACACCUAAUUCAUACAGGAACUGUGCUAAGAAGUUUGCAUAUAGCUUCAUGUUUAACCCUCACAAAAAUUUAAUGGGGAAUAAGUUCAGUAGCUUUCCAAGGAGAAUGAGGCUUUCCUUAUACCUCAAUUUAACAAUUUUUAAAAAUUGAGUGUGUUCAGGAAAGAGACAGCUCCUGCCUUUUCCACACCUCCCUUUAGCUCAUUGGUCAUCAAUUCCAAGACUCUCCCCUCCUGGAUUCUGGCCUAGAUAGCUCUGUUCCCUGGCUUCAGUCAUUAGAUGCAUGGAGACCUAGGUAAUUUGUGCAUUCACAAAUGAAAGUGUUCUAGGAAUGCUGUGGAAAGAAACAAAUGUACUGUAGUCUAAUAAGGCCACAGAAACCCCUUCUGCAUGCCUAGCCCUCUAAAAGACGUCCUCCCCAAGAAGCAAACAAGGGACCCCAUUAAUGGAGUGCUUUCAUCUGGCCACAUCGCAUCAGAGCCAGAUGCACCACGUAUGCAAUCUUUUUUAAAUCUUUUCUGUCUAAGAGAGAAUUUCUAUGUAAACAGACUGUUUUGCUUAUCUAUUGAUGUGAACAAAUUACCUCCAGGCUUAGUAAUUGAAAAUAAAAUCACCACCACCACCA